AUGGGACGUACUCUGUAUGAGAACCAGAAACGUGUAGAGCAAAAGAAGAAAGUCUACGACGUCAUAUCCAAACAUGGCGCCAAGGCAGAUGGGAAAGUGAAGCUGCGCAACCAGCUCAUCGCUGCAGGGGCUGUUGUAGGCAUGCCUAUCCGUAAGGGCUACCGUGUCGAGAUGACGGGCGUUCAGCGAGAGCAAUUUGGUAAAGAUCACUCAGACGUGCACUUCGCUGAGAUCCAAGUACAAGACGAUUCAAGCUCUGACCAAACGUCAAGUUCUGCUUCUACGUGA